AUGUGGAAGCUUCUGCUUUGUCUGUAAUUAAGGUUUUGAUGGUUUGAAAAGUUCUUCGAAGCAAUGAAAUAAUCAGUCAGCAAAAGGAUGAUGCUUACAUUUCAGUCAAGCCGGCUGGGGGCGGCACAGCACUUGCCUUGCCAUUUAUAAUAUUCACCAAAAUUCCUGCCGCAAAUCAGAAUCAAUAAUUUUAACUUCCUCGAACUCGACGUCCGUUGUUACCAGAGAAAUGGUGGACACUGGUUUCACCACCGCGUCGAAUAUUCUCCACCAUAUAUCAACCUUCAUCUCUGAAAUACUUGCUCAAUCCGACCUCCGAAAGCGCCUUCUCUCCACCGUGUACGAUAACUUUUCACUUUCCGACGAGAUUGCCCAAAAACCACUAGGGCUUGCAGCUGAAGCUCUCGAAAACGCCAUCUCCGCCGACAACUCUUCGAUCAAAUCCUCCUCUCUACGUUGUGCAGAAGAGCUACUCCUCUCCCUUCCUGAAAAUCCUAUUUCUUCUUUUCUAUUAUCCCUAAUCUACGGCCUCAAUCACCAAAACCUCAACUCCGCUCUUAGGCUCCUCGAUUUGUUCCUCUUAUACCCUUCAUUGGCUCGGUCCGAAAUCGCUCCGACUCUGUUCGAGGAGCUCUUUCUCGGCCAUUUUCUUCCGAUUUUUCAUUGGUUCAACGAACAGAGAUCAAAAAUCGUGAAAUCCUUGGCCUCGAAUUUGAAUCACAAUGGUGGUGGGGAAUAUUCAAGGUGUGAGGAAUGGGAAGUUGUUCCAUGCACGAAAUCGCUGUCGAAGUUGAGCAUUGAUCAAACUUUGAAGCUGAAGGAACUGGAAAGCAAUUACGAGAGAGUUUUGGACAGGAAUUGCACGGAUUUUGCGGAACAUUUCAAAAAGAUUUUGGAAAGGAAUGAGGAAAGUGAAUGGAUUCCGAGUCCGAAGGUAAAAUUAUUGAAUAAGAAAGAGAAAUGGAAGGAAAUGGAGCAGAUUGUAGAGGAGAAGUUAAGAACGGAGCACCUCAGUUUACCCAAUGGACGGUAUAAUAAGGGUAAGUUCUCUUCUGUGUCUAUUCCUAAGUCUUUGGUAGAGGCGUUAUCACCAAUGGCUCGUGCUUUUGUAACCACUCCAUGGGACUCUUCAUGCUUUGAGAUUGAACUUGUUGGCUCCGUGUCCACCGAAAAAUCCUACAAUAAUUUCUUCAACGACUUCAAUCUAAAGCAACAUGACAUUCACUUUCUUCUCCUCUUUCGCAUUCUGCAGCCAGUUUGGGUUGAAGAAGAUCCAAUUGUCUCACUUGUUGAAGUCGACAGUGCCACCAAGUCAAAGUCGCCGUCGCCGUCGCCGUCUCUUCCUACCCGAACUCCCGGACCACUCAAUUUCAACGGAGAGCAAGAAUCUUCCAGUGGGUCUAAAACCUUUUCUAUCUUCAAUUCGGCUGCUCAAGCUCAAGACGAUUCUUCUGAAAUCGAGGAAAAUGACGGCAAAACAGCAUUGUUUGAGUCUAUACUCGGGACCCAGAAGCUAAAACAGACCAUAUCUUCCAUGGAAGAAUCAGGAACCAAAUCAGUGGAGUUGGAUUUUGCUAUGGAGGAUUCCGGCAAUGCCUCACCGGAAAGUGGCGAAAGGUAUAACACACCUCCUAAGGACUUUGUAUGUCCCAUAACUUGCAACAUCUUUUAUGACCCAGUGACUCUGGAGACGGGUCAAACUUAUGAGCGCAGUGCAAUUCAGGAAUGGCUUGAUAGAGGGAACUCAACUUGUCCAAUCACAGGACAAAAGCUGGAAAAUACCCAACUUCCCAAAACCAAUUACGUGCUAAAACGCCUCAUUGCGAGCUGGCUUGAAGAGAAUCCCAAUUUUUCUUUGGAUAAACCUAUUGAUGAAGCUGACCCAUUGGCUGUUUUGACUUCACCUGUUAGUGUCAUAAGCCAAGCCUCCAUUGAUAGAGGCAUGAAGGAGGUGAGGCGUGCAAUUGUUAAUCUCUAUGCUUCUGAAGUUUUGGAGGAAGCAGAAGCUGCCGUGCUUUGUGUAGAGAGGUUCUGGUUGGAAGAGAAUGUGGAAAUGGAUAUACAACUUAUGUUGUUGAAACCUCCCGUAAUCAAUGGACUUGUUGAGAUCCUUGUCAAUUCUGUAAAUGAACAGGUUUUGAGUGCAGCAAUCUUUCUUUUAUCAGAGCUGGGAUUCAAGGAUGCUGCUGUGAUUCAAACACUCUCCCGGGUCGAAUCGGAUGUGGAUUGUAUUGUGACUCUUUUUAAAGGAGGUUUCAUGGAGGCUGUUGUGUUGAUAUAUCAGUUAGGACUUUCCAGCCAGAGUUUACAAGAGAUGGACAUAGUGGGUUCUCUUUUGGCUGCUAUUAAGAAGAAUGAAGGAGAUGUGAAGAAGAUGCGUUUAAGCCAUAAAUCUGCUGCAGUGAUUUUGCUUAGAAAGAUUUUGGGAAAGAGUAAAGAAGGUUCUUUGAUUGCUGUUGUUGUGCUUGCUGAAAAUGCAAUUGAAUGUAUUAUAGGUAGUUUGAAAGCAAAACAGGUAGAGGAGAGGAUUGCUGCAGUUGGGAUCUUGUUGCGAUGCAUUCAAGAGGAUGGGAGGUGCAGAAAUAUCAUAGCUGAUAAAGCUGACUUAGCUUUGGUUUUGGAAAGUUUUGUAGAAGUGAGUAAUGACGAACAAUUUGAGAUCAUUACGUUUCUCUCUGAGUUAGUUAAGUUAAAUAGGAGAACUUUUAACGAACAAAUUCUUCAAAACAUAAAGGAUGGAGGUGAAUAUAGCACUAUGCACUACCUCUUGAUAUACUUACAAACUGCCAGAAGAGAUCAAUCCCCUGUAGUGGCUGGCCUUCUGCUACAACUUGAUGUCUUGGUGGAACCGCGAAAGAUGAGUAUCUAUCGGGAAGAGGCAAUGGAUGUUCUUAUUUCAUGCCUUGGAGAUUCCGACUUCCCAACUACUCAAAUUUCUGCUGCUGAGACGAUUAUGUCUUUACAAGGAAGGUUUAGCACAUCUGGACGACCCUUGACUAGGUAUUUUCUUCUUGAACGUGCUGGAUUUACUAAAGGCCACAGGAAAUCCAUACAAAGAGAUACUAUUAGCAGUGCUCCGGGAGAAGCAGAACUCACAAGGGAAGAAGAGAGGGCAGCUGAUGAAUGGGAAAGAAAGAUGGCAUUUGUACUUAUAAGCCAUGACUUUGGGUUGCUCUUUGAACCAUUGGCAAAAGGUUUGAAGAGCAAAUUUGCAGCGCUAUUUUCAGCAUGCUUUGUCUCUGCCACAUGGCUCAGUCAUAUGCUUAGAAGUCUUCCAGACACGGGGAUUUUAGAAACUGCUAGAGUUUGCUUGCUCGAUCACUUCUUAUCGAUUUUCACAACGACAACAGAUGUGGAAGAGAAAACACUUGGCUUGCUAGCAAUAAACAGUUUCGUACACGAACCAGAUGGACUACAGUGCCUUAGUUCCAAUAUGAAAGAUAUUAUGAGAGGUCUCAGGGAACUUAAGAGAUCAACACCGUUGGCCUUUGAGAUGCUAAAAGUUCUAUGUGAGGAACAAGACUUGAGUUCUGAAUUCUGGUCUCAUCAAGAACUGUUUCAAGUAGAUUGCAGUACAAAUGGAGAGGUACUAUCAAUUGCUUAUUUCAAAGACAAGAUCAUCUCUGGCCAUUCAGAUGGAAGAAUCAAGGUUUGGUCUGUUAGAGGGACUAAUCUUCAUCUCAUACAUGAAGUUCAAGAGCACUCCAAGGGAGUCACCAGUCUAGCAGUUUUGGAAUUCGAAGAGAAACUAUACAGUGGCUCUUUAGACAAGACCAUUAAGGUAUGGUCUCUCGGCAGUGAUACAAUCCAGUGCAUACAACUUCACGACGUGAAGGAUCAAAUUCAUAACUUAGUUGUUUCAAAGACAGUUGCUUGCUUCAUCCCACAUGGAGCUGGUAUCAGGGUUUAUUCGUGGGGUGGGGAAUCGAAGUUACUAAACUCAAGUAAACAUGUCAAGUGUUUGAAUCUUGUGGGUGGAAAACUUUUCUGUGGAUGCCAUGAUAGUAGCAUCCAGGAGGUCGAUUUGGCUACAGGCACUAUAAAUUACAUCCACAGUGGUUCCAGAAAACUGUUGGGGAAGGCCAAUCCAAUCCAGGCACUCCAAGUUUACGACAAACAGUUAUUUUCAGCCAGCACUGCUUUAGAUGGAGCAGCUGUGAAGAUUUGGAAUACAUCGGACUACGGGCUGAUAGGAUCGCUGACAACUUCAAUGGAUGUAAGGUCUAUGACUGUAAGUUCAGAUCUAACUUACUUAGGAGGUAAAGGAGGAAUGGUUGAAAUCUGGUGCAGGGAAAAGCCCAACAAAGUCGACACACUUCAAAUGGGUAGAAACUGUAAGAUCAUUUGUAUGACACUAGAUGAAAGGGAGGAAGUUCUGGUAAUCGGAACGUCAGAUGGUCGGAUUCAGGGCUGGGGAUUGUGACAGAAAAGAGGAAUGGCCUAAAACAAUCUCAAACAGUGUGAUUUUGAUACGAAAGUGUAAAAAGAUAAAUAAGUUAUCACUUAAUUAUAAUUAUUUCAACCAAUUCUUUACUCAUGCAUAAGAAAUAUGUGAUAUAUUGUUCUUGAGAAAUGUAUGUACAGUCAAGUUUGAGAAUAAUUUUAGGUGGUGCAGCCAUGUACGAGCCACAAGAGACUGAACCAAUCAACCAUUGAAAAGCUUCUCUUGUAAAUUUAUAGAUAUAGUUGUAGUCGAACUCAAAACUCAGUAUAAUGCUACUUACUAUAUUUCUUACA